AUGUGGUCCAACAGCAGUGCUGCUCUCUUCUUGCUGACAGGCUUUCUGGGCUCAGAGGAAAUUCACCACUGGAUUUCUAUCCCUUUCUUUGCCAUCUACAUCUCCAUCCUUUCAGGCAAUGGUACACUUCUGCUCCUCAUUUGGAAUGACCACAGCCUUCAUGAGCCCAUGUACUACUUCCUGGCUGUGCUGGCAGGUUCAGAUCUCGGGAUGACACUAACUACAAUGCCCACAGUCCUGGGUGUCCUGUUGUUUGACCGAAGGGAGAUUGCCCAGGGUGCCUGUUUCACCCAGUCCUAUUUCAUUCACUCAUUAGCCAUCGUCGAAUCAGGUGUCUUGCUUGCCAUGGCCUAUGACCGUUUUGCUGCCAUCCGUUCCCCUCUGAGGUACACCUCCAUUCUUACCAAUUCCAGGGUGUUGAAGAUAGGACUGGGGGUACUGUUGAGGGGCUUUGUAUCCAUUGUGCCUCCAAUUCUUUCACUCUACUGGUUCCCAUAUUGUCAUUCCCAUGUUCUUUCCCAUGCCUUCUGCCUCCACCAAGAUGUCAUGAAACUUGCCUGUGCUGAUAUUACUUUUAAUCGCUUAUAUCCAGUUAUCCUGGUGGCUUUGACUUUCUUUCUGGAUGCUCUAAUCAUUGUCUUUUCUUAUGGCCUAAUUCUCAAGACAGUGAUGGGCAUCGCCUCUGGAGAGGAGCGAGCUAAGGCCCUCAACACUUGUGUCUCCCAUAUUAGCUGUGUCCUGGUGUUCUACAUCACUGUGAUCGGCCUGACUUUCAUCCAUAGGUUUGGGAAACAUGCCCCACAUGUGGUUCAUGUCACCAUGAGCUAUGUCUAUUUUCUCUUCCCUCCAUUCAUGAACCCCAUUAUAUACAGCAUCAAGACUAAGCAGAUUCAAAGAAGCAUCAUUCACCUCUUUUCUGUACACAACAGGGCUUGA